GACGUGAAAGAGUUUCGAUGUGUGUUUCACAAUCGCUUGCGUCAAAGAGGAUCUGUCAGGUUUAGGCGCUCUUGUUAAAACCUGUAUAACUGCAGAGAUGAGGGAGAAAGCGGAAGGAUCGAUCAGUUCAAGGAUGAUGGACCUUUGGUGCCGACUGUGGCACCUGCCACUAAUGCUGUAUAUCUCGGGACUCCUGCAGUUUGAUCUGUGCAGUGGUCAGAUUCAGGUCCAGAUCCAGGAAGGUCCUCUGUUUAGAGUGAAAGGAUACCCCAUCUCCAUAUCCUGUAAUGUUACAGGGUUUACAGGCCCAUCUAAGCGGGAUUUUGAGUUCAUUCUCAAGAAACCAAAUAUAGAGUUAAAUAUAAUCAGUACCAGUGACCCAAACUUUGCCUACGGAAUAUUCUCCGAUAGAAUAAGAAAAAAAGAGAUUUAUGUUGAAAGGCUGUCAGGAUCUUCAGUUGUCUUGUGGAUCAAAGAUUUACAGGAGAAUGAUGCAGGUGAUCUGCUCUGUGGGACCAUACACACAGGUGGUACAUAUUUCGGAGAUUAUGAUGAUGAAGCAAAGCUUAAUGUGAUUACAGACACCCUGGAGGCAUCGUACUCGGGUUCUCCCUCUCAGAGCUUGUCUGAAGGUGAUCCUCUUCAGCUUGAGUGCCAGGUCUCCAGCCAGACUUUUCAACACACUCAUCUGUCGGUCACCUGGUUUCUCCAUGGUGAAUUGGAUGAAAACCCCCGGCCAAUCAUUACCCUGGACAAAGAUCUGACUGUAAAGCCAGGAGCUGGAUUUGAGGAUCGCUAUCGUGCUGGUCUUAUCAGCAUGGAUAAGGUGGAGGACACAACCUACAGACUGAAGAUGCCUCAAGUGCAGCAGUCCGACCAGGGGAAGUUCUUCUGCAAAGCCAUUGAGUGGAUCCAAGACCCAGACCGUUCCUGGACACAGAUUGCCCACAAAACCACUGCAGCAUGCGAUGUGGAGAUUAAACGAAUCGUGGCCCCUGAUGCCGACUCCUUCAGUGUUAAUCUGAAGGCUUCAAAGGGGCCACUACAGGAGGGAGACGCACUGGACAUCCGCUGCAGUGUGAAUGCACAGAACCUUCCUGGUCAUUUCUUCUCGGUGACUUGGCUGAAGGACCAGCAGAGAGUGGCCCAGAUCGGAUCCUCUGGGGUGCUCACCGUUUUUGACAGUUACAAAGAGCGAGAGAAUGCAGCAGAGAUGAGAGCAGUGAAAACCAGUCACAUGGACUACCUGCUGACCAUCCGUUCGGCUCGGACUGAGGACCACGGCCAAUACCAGUGUGAAGUUUGGCAGGAAAACAUGAAUGAAGAUGGCACCUUCAAAAAAAUACAAAAACAAAUAUCCAGUCCAGAGACUGUGAGCAUCACAGCUAAAGAGAGUAAUCUGGCAGUGGUCAUGCUGAUGAAGGAUGCGGUGACUGAGGGAGAUGCACUACAUGUCUCCUGCUCAGUGUCAGGAUUCAAGGGUCCUUUAUCAGUGUCAUGGCAACACAAGAAAGACCCGGGGGCUUCCUUCAGUGAUGUCGUUAGUCUGACCCAUGAGGGAGUGAUGAAAGAUGUUGGGGCAAGGUAUCAGAGCAGAAAUGUCCAAACAUUUCAUUCUCCAGCUGGAAACUUUACUCUACAGCUUGGUGCAUCUUCAAUAUCUGACAGUGGAGAAUAUAAGUGCAUUGUGUCUGAAUGGACAGUACAGAGCAAUGGAGAGAUGAAAGCCAUCACCCAAUCUCAGCAAAAAGCCAUUACAGUUAAAUCUGUUGAUUCUCUAAUGGUGGUGAGCUUGACAAGUCGUACAACAAAGGUGCCAAUAGAUUCUCCAGUACAACUGCUAUGUCGAGUCAGAGGGCCUAAAGUGUCUUUGGCUCUACGCUGGAUGUUUCAGCCCCACAAUUCAUCUGUUCAAACAAAUAUUUUAUCCGUAAGUCACACUGGAGAAAUGACCUGGAGAGCAGAUCAGAGAAACUAUCAACUGAACAUUCAAGCACAGCCAGAGGACACUCGUUUCACUCUCAUGGUGCCAAGAGCCAGCAAACAGCAAAAAGGACAGUACCAGUGUCAAGUUGAUGCCUAUCAAAAGGAUGUACAGAAAGCCUUUAAGAACUCCAACCUGUUAGCUGUGAUUGUACACAAACCUGUCAGCAAGAUGAGCCUGUUCUCACCCACUUCUCGUCUGGAAACCACUGUCAACACUGAUGUUAAGCUUGAAUGCUCAGUCACGAGGACAACCACAAAUACGUCUCGUUUCACAAUAACAUGGAUGUUUGGGUCCCAGGUGCUCUUAACUAUGGACCUAGAUGCUGUUGUCAAGUUUGGCCCUGCAGCCGGCCUAGAGUUGGACCAGAGGAUCCGUUUGGAAAUAAGACAGAAACAGAACUUCCAGAUGAUUAUCCAGAAGGUCAGAACAUCUGACAGUGGACAAUAUCAAUGUGAGGUGGAAGAGUGGCUUCAGGAUCCUCUUGGGGACUGGUAUUCCCUCAAGAAUAUGUCUGUUUCCACAGAGCUGGUUGUCAAAGAGAAAGAAAGUAAACUGCGUGUUCAGAAGGACAAUCAAAUGCUCAACAUUACAAACCAUCAGGCUGGGUUCACCAUUGACUGUGUCAUUACCUCACAAUCCAGCGAUAAAUCAGUCUUUGAGGUCACCUGGUUCAAGGUUCAGGAAAAAGGACCAGUCACUAUAUUCAAUGCCAGGCAUGACGGUAUCUUACACAGUGAAAUUCCUGAUAGAAAUCUGGUGUUUGGACGACCACUUGCCACACACUAUAAACUGACUGUGCCACAGAUCAACCCCACUGAUAUUGGGCAAUACUACUGUCAGGUUGAGGAAUGGCUUCUAACUGCUAACACCUGGAAGAAAUUUGCUUCAGAUAAAUCUGGAGAGCUCUCCAUCUACGUUCACACUGAAGGUGAAAAACAGAUAGACCCACUGCUAAUAACAUUGGCCAUCGCUAUUCCUCUGAUUUGUUUUCUUAUAUUGGUCAUAAUAUUGUUGUUGAGAAAGAGCCACAAGAAAAAAUAUGAAAUAAAUAUGAAAUAUGAACUGAAGAAGAAGAAGAAGAAAGACUGUCUGUGGGCUGAAAAACAUGCCCUUAAUGGGCCUUCUAUCGAUUAGAUUGUUGUUUUAACAUGUUUCUUUAUUAUCAGUUAUGAUUACAUACAUUCACACUGUAAUCAUUUCACUUCUAAGAAUGUUAAUAUUGCUGUACAGUAGGCCUAAACGUUUCCUAAUUUUCUGUUGACUGCAAAGUUACAUGUAAAAAAAAAAAAGAAAAGAAAGCAUUUUGGUUGCUUGUUUUAUCAACAUUUCACAUCUAAUCAACUCCUGCCAAACAUUUUAAUUAUUAUUUGACAUAACUCAGUGAGUUGUUUGAUGUUUUACCAUAGCGGUUGGCAACCAGUGCCAUGACUGCCAACAUUGGCACAGG